AUGCCAAUGUUAGGCCUGGGAUGUAACCCCAUCGCUGUUGACUCUCCUAUUAUUUUGGGGUUGACUAUGCAGCAAUCGUGGGCUCAGUACUCACCUUACUAUCCAGCUGCUAAAUAUCAGGCUCCCCCUCCAGAUUGUAAUGUUGUUCAAUUGCAACGACAUGGUGCGCGCUACCCGACAAAGAGCGCCGGGAAGGCUAUGAAAAAGAGCGUCAAGCGACUUAAGAGCGCCAAGAGCUUUCUGGAUGCCUCACUCGACUUCGUGGUGAACUAUACUUAUGCUCUUGGAACUGAUGACUUAGUCCCUUUUGGUGCUGCUCAAUCCUUCGAAGCCGGUCAGUUACAUUAUGGUCGUUAUGCCAGCCUUGUCAACGAGGACAUGUUGCCAUUUGUUCGCGCAUCUGAAUCCAACCGUGUAGUCGAUUCUGCGUUGAACUGGACAGCCUGCAAUCAGCAAUACACUCCAAUACUCUCUGUCAUCGUCGGUCAGUCUUCGAACGAUACUCUCGACGACCACCAGUGUCCCAAUAUCGGGACUUCGGAUGAUCAGACCAAAACUUGGUUGGACGUUUUUGCGCCUGAGAUCCGUGACCGCCUCAACCAUUAUGCUCCCGGGGCUGAUCUCAAAAAAAAGGAUGUUGAGAACCUCAUGUCCCUGUGUCCGUUCGAGACUGUCGCAUACGAACAAAUCAGUCCCUGGUGUGCAUUGUUCACAGAGGAAGAAUGGGCAUCCUACGAAUAUCAUGGCGACCUGUAUGAUUAUUAUGGAAAUGGGUAUGGCCAGCGACUGGGACCAGUGCAGGGUGUCGGCUAUGUGAAUGAGCUCCUGGCACGCUUGACUGGUCGACCAGUGCAGGACAACACACAGACGAACCACACUCUUGACUCGUCGCCUGUCACUUUUCCACUAGACAGAACAUUCUACGCCGACUUCUCCCACGACAAUCAGAUGAUCUCUAUCUAUAGCGCUCUUGGGCUCUUUAUCCAACCACAUCUUCUCGAUCUGACUCACCCGAACCCAAUGCGCACGUGGGUUGACUCCAAACUCGUUCCCUUCUCAGCUCGUAUGACCACGGAGAAGCUCGAGUGCACGAUUAGCGGGGAGAAAGGCGAGUAUGUGAGGAUUUUGGUGAAUGACGCCUUGCAGCCUCUUCCCUUUUGUGGAAGCCAACAGUACGCGAAAACGAAUGGCGCGGGCGAUUGGGAACUUUGCUUUGACUGAAUGCUUUGUUGAAUGGUCACGCGAUAACGAGAGGUGCUGCUUUAUCUGACCCCCUUUGUUUGUUCCGCGGAUAAAUGAUAUCACUCCGUGUAGCUUUGAAUCCUGAUGAUGCAAGCUGAAAAACAUUGCCACUGGCCCUUCUUCUUACUUCUCCAUUUCUCCCUUAACCCGUGGGUAAGAUAUUAUUAUUUCUUAUUACAUGCGCGUCAUGACUUGCAUGCAUGCCUGUCACCUGUUAUUGAAGUACUUAGGAGUAGGUCGCCAAAUAUAGUGAGGUUGCAAACGUG